UCCCGGAAUAAGGAAGAGAUUUCGCACAGAGGAGGAAAAGUCUGUUGACAGCCGAAAAAUCACAACUUUAAACCUCAUUCACUGUCUCAUUCAAUCCGUGUGGCAUUCAGGGUUCAGGACCUGCAGCAAGCUCUCAGGGUAUGGAACAUGGCAGCGACUGAAACGCAGCUUAUGUUAAGCGUCGGACUAAUCGAGAAAGAUGUGAAUGGAGACACUCUGUGGGUGUGGUGCUAUCCCUCCGUGAGCUCCGACCUGAGGAAAGUCCUGCUCAGCAAGUGCUGUCUGACGAAGGACGGCCGGGAUUUCCACACCUUUGUGUUUGGUCAGUUCUGUCGCACCUGGUACUACAUCACCACGGUGGAGGUGCAGGAGCCCACAGCGCUGAACAAGGUCACUCAUUUUUCAAUAGUUGUUACAGCAAAAGACUUCAACCCGGAGAAGUACGCUGCACUCAGUAGGAUCCUCUGCAGGAUGUACAUCAAACACGGCAGUCCGGUGAAGAUGAUGGAGGCGUAUGUGACCGUCCUCACCAAAGGAAUCUGCCAGAGUGAUGAAAACGGCUCAUUUCUAAUUAAGGACUAUGACGUCCGGAAAGCGUACCUGGCCGGUUCGGUCAAAGAUGUGGUGUCCCAGUUCGGUAUGGAGACCAUCAUCCUGUAUACCGCUCUCAUGCUGAAGAAGAGGAUUGUUGUCCAUCACCCUCGGAUUGAAGCGUUGUUGGAGUUCACAAGAGUCCUGCCCACUCUGACAUGGCACAGGAAAGACUGGUCCAUCCUGCACCCGUAUGUGCACCUGACUGAUACCGAGCUAGAGGAUCUGAAGAAAUGCCCUGGAUAUAUAGCGGGAUUCGUGGAUCCAGAAGUGAGCAACAGAUCGGACUUGUUUGAUGUAUACGUGAACCUCCCAGACAGCGUCAUCACAGUAUCCCAGAGUGCCAAAGAGGCCCUGGCUAUGGGGAAGCUACACAAGGACGUCGGCCACCUCAUUGUGCAGUCUGCGGAGGAUGCCGAGAGGUCGGACAGCCAGGUCAUUAAGGAUAUUUCUGUGAAGACAAAAGAGAUCCUUGCCAACUUGGUGGCCCUGGCGGACGAGUGCGAAGAAUCUAAAAUCACAUUGGAAGGUUUAAAGCAGCAUCAUUUCCCUCCGGCGACAGAGAACUUCCUCUUUCACUUGGCGGCUGCCGAGCAGCUCUUGCGGAUAUAAACCUGCUUUCAGACGCUUUGCUGCAGGAUGUCGACAGCUGUUUACUGUUGUGUAUAUUUUGGGAUGAUUACUGUUUUCUGAGAGGCUCGUGCACGCUGUCACGGUUCUCAAAAGACCAAAACCAGAAAUGAAACUGAUCCUCUGUGUAUCUGAACAGCCUGAUAUAUAUUUGAGCCACACAGUCUGUGUAUCAUUUGUUAUUUUUAUAAUCAAUAUAGAAUCUAAAAUUGGAAGAAAAAAUAUUUGUUUUAUUUUGGGCGCCCAGUUAGCUCAGUC